CCCCGUCGGCGGCGCGGCGCGGGGCGGGCGGCGCUCCCCGCCAGCGCAGCGGCAUGAAGGAGCCGUCGCUGCCCGGCACCUCGCUGCAGCGGGCCUGCCGCCUCCUCGUCGUCUUCUGUGCCCUCCACCUUUCGGCCACGCUGUUCUACUACCUGGCGGGCAGCGCGCUGGGGCCGCCGGGCAGCCCCGAGCCGCCGCCGCGCCGCCCGCCGCCCGCCAACCUCUCGCUGCCGCUCUCCCGCCCGUCGCCGCCCGCCGCCCGGGCCCGGCCCCCGCCCGCCGAGCCGCCGCCGCCGUCGGGCCCCUGCCCCGAGCCCUCCCCGCUGCUCGUUGGUGCACUACGUGUGGAGUUUUCCCAGCCUGUGAACCUGGAAGAAGUGGCAAGAAUAAACCCAGAGGUCAGAGCAGGGGGUCAUUUUACUCCGAAGGACUGUAUAGCACUUCAGAAAGUAGCAAUAAUCAUACCAUUCAGGAACCGAGAGGAGCACCUGAAGUACUGGCUCUACUACCUGCACCCAAUUCUCCAAAGGCAGCAACUGGAUUAUGGAGUAUAUGUUAUCAACCAGGAUGGAGAAGAAGAAUUUAACCGUGCUAAACUGCUGAAUAUUGGAUUUGCAGAGGCCUUGAAGGAGUAUGACUAUGAUUGCUUUGUGUUUAGUGAUGUAGACCUCAUCCCAAUGGAUGACAGGAACACCUACAAAUGUUACAGCCAGCCACGUCACCUCUCUGUAUCCAUGGAUAAAUUUGGAUUUCGGUUGCCUUACAAUCAGUAUUUUGGAGGUGUGUCUGCCCUGAGCAAAGAGCAGUUCACAAAGAUCAAUGGGUUCCCAAACAAUUACUGGGGCUGGGGUGGUGAAGAUGAUGACAUUUAUAACAGGCUGGUGUUUAAAGGCAUGGGGAUAUCCCGUCCGGAUGCGGUCAUUGGGAAGUGCAGAAUGAUCCGGCAUUCCCGGGACAGGAAGAACGAACCCAACCCCGAGAGGUUUGACCGAAUUGCUCACACACGGGAGACAAUGAAUUCUGACGGCUUAAAUACACUGUCCUACAAGGUGUUAAGAACUGACAAGUACCCUCUCUAUACAAAGAUCACAGUGGAUAUUGGCUCUCCCAAUAGCUAACAUCAGAGACACAACAGAGACUUGCCUAUAUUACCCAGGGUAUCUGGCCUCACUGAUGCAUUAUAUGUGCUGGUUUUAUAACAGUUGCAAUGAACCAAAAAGAAAAAAAAAAAAAAAAGGCCUCUUUUGGCAUGCCAAAGUGUCUCCAAAUUGGUUGGACAAGUGAUGUUUUUAAUUUUUUUUUUAAAUUUCAAACUUGACUUUAUACAACUUUCUAGCUCUCUGUUGUUUUGUAAGUCCAGAAGCUGUACAUACGAGUUGUAAAUAGUUACUUUGCCAGAAAAUGUUGAAUCUGAUGUAUUUGCUGCAGUACUCUCCAUGUUGAAUUAAUUGCUGGACUCAAAUUUUUCUGAUUAUGACUGUGAUGUAUCAACAAUUACUGCCCAUGAUAUUUGGUGUUCUGAGUGAGGUGCAUGCAGGCAUACGUUUUAAUUCAUUCCUGGUUUUACUUUAUGAAGGACUGUAAAAUGCUGCUAAAAUUGUCCAAGUUUACGCUUUGCAUUAGAUUUUUUUUUUUAAUGGAGACAGCAUAAUACAACUUUUUUCUCAAAGUGACCAAAACAAACAUCUCCUCUAUGUGCAGAGCAGGUGUUGAACAAUCAAGUCUGGAUUCAAUGAAUGUCGUUAUUUCUUUUAGUCUCAAAGGAGGCUUUGAGUGAGUUGAGACAGUUUGCCAGAAUCUGUGGGUAAGCUCCCUGCAUAGGGUGGGAGCUGCACAGAUGGGCUCUAAAAACUGCUGGCUUCAGAUAACCUUACUUCUGGAUAUGAUAGAGAUUAUUUCCUUCAGCACAACACCACCUGGGAUUUUUUUGGGGGGUAGAGGAGUUCAGAGAGGGGUGGAUUUUUGGUGUUGUUUC